CUCGAGACCUCACUUUUUAAAAAGUACAAAGUAUCCACGACUCGGAAUCAAUCAUGAUGUAUCGUGACUGGAUCAGACUGAUCGGUCGAAAUCCAAAAAACGCCCCUCACAUUUUGGUUGAAAAUCGGCACUCUCUUGUCACGAUGGUGCUCGAAAGAUUGAUGGACAUCGAUGAUGUCCUUCGACACCUCGACACUCCUCAUUACUUCCACACCCCUCCAACUUCACUCACUUUUUUCAUCCUGGAAACAUUGCAACGUAUUUCACGUCACUUUGUUUUUUGAAUUCAAUUAAUUGAUCUAUUCGACCAUGACGAACAACCACGCGACCAUGACGAGUGCUGGAGCCGUCGCUGAGGAGCCGUCGUUCGAUCUGUACCGAGAAAUCGAAGAGAUGGAGAUGGAAGCCAACGAACGAUCCCGUCAGGAAAAGGAGCAAGCGCGGUCUCAGUUGGUGGUGGCAGAUGACGACGGCGAGAAUGGUGUGGUUGGCAAGAAGAAGAACAAGCCAGGGUUUCUGCGACGACGAGUGUUCUGGGUGUUCAAUGUCAAGCGUGACGAUGUGGUCAGCUACUGGGAGAAGAGAGAUGCACGUGUUCGGUGGACCAAGAAGCAAAAGUGGCGACGAAAGCUCAACAGCGAUCACAAAAUGUUCCGCAAGGAAUUCCCAGACAUUGGUCGCCUCCAAAGUGAUGCCGUGGAAGUGUUGGACAAGCGAACGGGUCAAGGCAAGCGAGUCGGUAAGUACAGUCUUGACGUCAAGCUUGGCAGAGGAGGAUUCGGACAGGUCUUUGGCACUCACACCAGCAAAACGAUUGCCAUCAAAGUACAGACCAAGACCCAAAUGCGAUCCAAGCGACACUUGGACCUCCUCAACACAGAGAUUGGAAUCUUGAGUCGCCACGGGCACCAUGUCAACAUUGUUGGUUUCCAGCAAUCGAUUAACGCCCCGGAGAACAUUUACAUUGUCAUGGAGCGAGCCACCAUGAGCGUCGGCGACUUGAUGAAGAAGACCAAUGUCUUUUGCGCGCAGGAGGAUGCCGUACAGCAGGUCAUGAAAGGACUCCUCAAUGGCGUCAAGUACUUGCAUGAGAGAGGCGUUGCUCAUAGAGACCUAAAGGUUGAUAACCUCUUAGUCUGCACAUCCGCUUUGGACGAAAACAAUAGAUUGCGUCGUGGUCACAAAAUUGACGCUAGUAGCAUUCGUUUGUGCGACUUUGGAUUAGCCAAGUUGUCGCGCAACUACGACCCUUCGUACGUCGACGUCGACAACGACGGUUCUGCUUGGGAACAUGGACUGCCCAUGAAGUACAAGGUGUACGCACGGGGCAUUGCGGGCACUUACAAGUACAUGGCGCCGGAUGUAACCAGCAAAAAGUACGAAGCUCGCCGAGCCGACAUUUGGUCCGUUGGUAGAAUCUUGUUGGGCAUGGCGGCUGGCUAUGAUACAACCAAUUUGGAUAUCGCAUCCAAAUUUCUACGGCAAGACGACUUUGCCGAAUACAAGCAGCGAGUCGUCAUCUUUCUCGCUGGAGAGCUUGCCUAUGUUCCGUCGGCAGCCUUUGGAAAACGAUUGCUGCAUGACCUCCUGUUUCGAAACCUCUUGGUCUUUAAUGCAAAAUACAGGGCCACAGCAGCCGAAGCACUGGACCACGAAUGGCUCAACUAGCUAGUAGAUUCAACAAUGAGCACUCUAUUUAUUAUCAAAUACUUUGCGGAGUAGACUCUUAUUUUAUAAUUUCCCCUAUAGAUAUCGC